AUGCGCUCCAUGCGGACAUGCGUUUCUCCAGCGACACUGCCGAUGCACCCAAGCUGGACAAGAGCCCCGGGGCUGCUGCUGCUGCUGCUGUGGCUAACGCUUGGUCUCUCUCUGGCCGCCCCACUGGCCCCCGGCGUGGGACACCAUCAGGAUGAGGAGCCCCGGGCAUUUGCAGAGGCCUAUCUGCAGAAGUUCUUUGGCUACGAACCUCCUCCUCUUCAUCCUCUUGACCAUGAUCACGGAGGUCGAGAGAAGCGCAGCUGUGGCCCGGACGCCUUCCAGGUCAAAGUGCGUCAGAUGCAGCGCGCCUUCGGGCUGCCAGAGAGCGGCCAGCUGAACAGCGAGACGCUGGAAGCCAUGAAGAAGCCACGCUGCGGCCUAUCAGACGCCGAGGAGUUUGGCCCUCUCAUGAGGUGGACCAAUCACAACCUCACCUACAGCCUUGAGGGGACUAUCCCCAAGAUGAGGCCCAAGCAUGUGCGGAAGGCCUUCAGGGAGGCCUGGAGGAUGUGGGCGGAGGUCACGCCUCUCAAGUUCCGCCGACGGGCGCGCAGAGAGGCCGACAUCAUCGUAUCGUUCAACAAGAGAGACCACGGCGAUGGCUCAUCGUUCGAUGGCAGCGGUGGAAUCCUGGCACACGCCUUCCAGCCGGGCCAGGGCAUCGGGGGAGACGUCCACUUCGAUGCAGAGGAGGACUGGACCAUCAACGCCAAAGGGUACAACCUGUUUGCCGUGGCCGUGCAUGAGUUUGGGCACACUUUAGGCCUGCCCCACUCGCCUGACCCUGGCGCAGUCAUGUACCCCUCCUACAACUUUGUCACUCACAACGACUUCCAGCUCUCUGAUCAGGACGUGAAAGACAUACAAAAAAUCUAUGGUAUGUCUCACCACAGUCCUCCGCCAAAGACCCCUGAGCGCUGCGACCCCAACCUGGCCUUCGACGCGGUCUGUGGCAUGCAACAGGAAAUGGUUUUCUUUAAAGACAGGUUUAUGUGGCGAUUCCAUCCUAGUUUUGACAAGAUUAGUGUGGCAUUUAUUGUCAGUCUGUGGCCAGAUGUCCCCUCGUACAUCGAUGCAGCAUAUGAAGAUGUGGAGAAUGCCGCAAUGAUGUUCUUCAAGGGCAGUCAAUUCUGGAAAAUCAAAGCGAUGGCCUUGGUAGAUGGUUACCCCAAGAACAUCUCCGAUCUGGGCCUGCCGCCCGGUCUGAAAUCUGUAGAUGCUGCCCUUCACCUCCGUGAGCAGCGGCAGACCGUCUUCUUCACAGGCAGCGAGUGUUGGAGAUAUGACAAUGACAGGGAACAAAUGAUGAGAGGAUACCCCAGACCUAUUGCUCACGAGUGGCCGGGAAUCGAUUCGUCUGUAGACGCAGCCACUGCCUCAAAUGGCUUUAUCUACUUCUUCAAAGGGAAUAAGCAGUAUCAGUAUGACCCGCAGCGGAGGUACGUCAUGAGUGUGACUCCAGCAAACCAGUGGCUUCGCCUAUGUCUUAAGCUUCCUGGUUUCACUGUUUGGUUGUUGUUGCCUAAACUGGGGGUGGGACAGAUUCUUUUCUACACAAAGUCUCAUCAACUGACAGACAUGAAGACUGACAGUAUCUGGAUUCUACUGGUGCUGGCAGCAGUGGCGUACUCAGUGCCUUUGUUGUCCCAAAAUGACGCCGAGGAGAGCAGUGAUGAUAUUGCUGAGAAUUACCUGAAGCGGUUCUACAACCUGACCGAGGACCCCAAUGCGUCGCGUAGGCGAGGGGGUAUCCAACGGAGCAAGGUCCUGGCCGAGAUGCAGAGCUUCUUCAAGCUGAGGGUGACAGGAGUCCUGGAUGAAGACACGGUGGAGCUCAUGAAGCAACCCAGAUGUGGUGUUCCUGACGUGGCUCGCUACAGCACCUUUGGCCCACGCCUCAAAUGGACCAAAACCAAGCUCACAUACAGGAUCGUAAACUACACACCCGACCUGCCCAAGUCAGAGGUGGAUAGUGCCAUCGAGAAAGCCCUGCAAGUCUGGGCACGAGUCAGCACCCUGAGAUUCACACGCAUCAACGCUGGCACUGCAGACAUCAUGAUCUCCUUUGGCAGCAGAAACCAUGGUGAUCACUACCCCUUCGAUGGACCAGGGGGCACAUUGGCUCACGCCUUUGCCCCAUCCGAAGGCAUCGGAGGAGAUGCGCACUUUGACGAAGACGAGACAUUCACCUCUAAAUCCUAUCGUGGUUAUAACUUGUUCUUGGUGGCGGCUCAUGAGUUUGGCCACUCUCUGGGUCUGGACCACUCUAAGGAGCGUGGGGCUCUCAUGUACCCCAUCUACAGCUACAGGAACCCCAGCACCUUCACGCUGCCUCAGGACGACGUCAAGGGAAUACAGUCUCUCUAUGGUUCCAAUACUGAGAAGCCAACGCCAGAGCCCAAGCCAGAGCCAAAACCAGAGCCUAAGCCAGAACCUAAACCAGAGCCGGAGCCUCCCACCAUUCCUGACGCCUGCGACCCAGACCUGGUCCUGGAUGCUGUCACAAACCUCCGUGGCGAGAUGUUCUUCUUCAAGGACGGCUUCUUCUGGCGUAGCUCACCAUAUAGAUGGUCCGCUGAGCAGCACAUGAUCAAGAGCUUCUGGCCCGAAGCCCCCACCUCUAUUGACGCAGCCUACGAAAACCCAUCCACAGACAGAGUCAUCCUCAUCAAAGGUGGUAAAUACUGGAGUCUGUAUGGGUACGAGGUGGAGAGCGGCUACCCCAAGAGCAUCAGCACCUUGGGCCUGCCCAGCUCUGUGAAAAAAGUCGACGCUGCCUUCUAUGACCAGGGGACUCGAAAGACCAUCUUCUUUGUUGGCAACUACUACUAUAGUUAUGAUGAGGCUAGAAGAACUAUGGAUGCCGAUUCCCCCAAACUGAUAGCACAUGGGUUCCGUGGGAUGACAAAGCAAGUUAACGCAGCCGUCCAGCGCCGAGGCUAUACCUACCUCUUCAGUGGCCCAUACGUAUACGCGCACAGCUUCAGGACCGGAAGAUUUUACGGUAUUCUUAGGACCAGAUCUUUCUUAAGAUGUUAGACCAUAUUGGUAUCAGAAUCGGCAUCAGGAUCAGGAUAUUUUUCAUGGUGAUGGGAAUUUAAUGGAUUUUGAGGGACAUGUUUUAAAUCACAAUGAAUUUGUAUUGUAUACUUUUUAUUUGUACAGAUAGUAACACUGUAUGGUAUGUGCUGUAUGCUUCCUAUGUGCCUCCUAAG